UCUUUGGAUUGUCGUACUCGACAGGCUAAGACCAUUGGUUGGUCCAUCUCGCCGAUCAUCAAAAUUUAAGCAAAAGCGACAAAAACAAAGUGAAACCCGAUCGAAAAUUGUAAAAUUUAUAUUGAUUCUCACCUUUAAAGUGCUCGUAUCUGGCGAAGCCAAACGUCGCCAUGCCAAGUAAGUGCGCCGUGUUGAGUUGCCCCAUCUACUCCCCCAGCAAGGAGCACCACCUGUUCCGGAUUCCGGCCGUUCGGGUUCGGGCCAGUGAAGACCUUCGACAGCAGAUGCUAAAGAGGAGAGCCCGUUGGGGAGAAGUUCUACGGCUGACCGAUCCUCAGAUGACGCACGCCUUGGUGUGUGGACGACACUUCGUUUCCGGCAAACCUUCCGCGUCGGAUGACGUUGAAAGCGUAGACUGGAUUCCGACGCUUCAUUUGGAUGUUCAGGAUGACCAGGUCCGAAGGCGCAGUAUGUAUCAACCGGUGAAGCAGGAGAGCGACUUGGGGCAUGAGCCAAUGGCCGGGACGGGACUGCCAAUCGUGAGAAUUGAGACCACUUCAUCGACGUGUUGCAUUCCGGGAUGUGUCAAUCGGGAGCAGCAGUGGCUGACGGAUUUUCCCCGGGACGACGAGUUGCGGGAGAGAUGGCUGAAGGCAAUUUCGGUCGGAAGCGGGGAGACGAUUUCUGCGGAUCAGGAGGAGGAGGCGGACCGUAAGGCGCAAGUUUGCAAUAUGCACUUUGCUGCUCAGGCUCCGGAGGCUAUUGCAAAUGGCGUGGAUAACAAAUACCGGGAACCGACUCUGUUCGUGAGAAACGACAUCCUCAUCCAGGUGGCCAGCUGUCGGUUGUGCAUGAAAUUCGACACGGUAGACAACAUGUUCAAUAUGAAGCUGAACAUCAGCGACGGUCACUCGCUCCAGUGGAUGGCCAAGAAAUACUUUGCUCAGUUCCUUUUGAUUGCCGAAUACGCCGAGGAGGGAUACUUCUGCGAGCGAUGCACCGUACAGAUUGAUAUGAGUCACGCCUUUUGGCGGGAAAUCAGCGAAAAAUCACGCAGGUUCAAGUUGUUACUUCGGAAGAUGACGACCGAAAGAGUGGAAUUCAGUAGCAAGGUUGAAAGUGGAGACGAUCCUAAUCAAUCGGAAUGCACUCCAGGGGCUCUCAUCAUAAAAGACGAGCCCUUGGAUGAUGCUGACAUGCAGCAGUAUUUCUAUAAUCCCGUUGGCCAGUCCCGUAAUGCGUCGAUGGAAAGUACAAUUACCGAGGAAAAGCCCAGUUUAUCGGACCCAUCUUCGAUACAUCUCGUCAAGCCUCCUCCUCUGAAGGUGCAGCUCAAUUUCAAAUGCUACGUUUGCUCCUCCCGCCACGAGAGCAAAAACGCCCUGAUCCACCACUUGAUGAUGGACCACCAGGAUCACUCGUCGCUGAACUGCCAGGAGUGCAACCUGUCCUUCAAGAAUAUCAUCCUCUUCAACAAACAUCUGGCCAUGCACGAUCCUUCCAAGCGAAUCAAGUGCUCGCACUGUCCGUUGAGGUUCCGGAAGACCAGCGCCAGGACAAAGCACGAAGUGGCCAGGCAUGGCGUUGCACCUCCACCAAAGAAUCAGUACAUGACUGCAAGUGCGACAACAGCGACAGCAGCAAGCAAGGAUAAAGUCAAGCGCUAUCCGUGUUCACAGUGCGACAAAGGCUUUAUGUACAUGUCCGAGCUGCAGCGGCACGAAAAGUCCUGUUCAGGUAGUUUCGAAACAGAAGAUGAAACCGAAACCGGCACGGAUCUGCAUGACGAAGAGUCACUUCCACCAAUCUAUUCUAACGAUUUUGACGCAGCGGCUGAGACUGAUUCGGAUUCAGUGGCCGACAUGCAACAGGAGUCGAACAAUCAGACGCCACCAACAACGCAGACGUCGCGAAGAAGCAGGGGUCGGUAUCGGGAGCCGCUCAUAAAUGAUUGCGAUUGCAGAAUGAAGUGUGGGUCCAAAAUCAGUGUUGCCAAACAGAUUGAAAUCAACACGCAGUUCUGGACAUUGUCCAAAAAGGGUCAACAGUCGUUCAUACUGAACUUUAGUCAUCGUAGGCCUAUUAAACGACGGCAGGAGUCAAACUUUCGCAGACUGUUUUCCUACGACUACCAGCUGGAAGACGAACAUGGACUUCUGCAGGAUGUAUGCAGCGCUUUCUUUCUGAAUACACUGGGCUAUGACGUGAGAAGCAGCAACAUGAUCUACCGGUAUCACGACAGAGCGCAUGCAGGACCAGCGCCACCGUCUGCCCGCGGCAAAUACACCCGCCCGAAAGCACUUCACGAAGCAGUAAAGGAUGACAUUCUGACUUACGCAUCGAUCAGCGUUCAGGAUGGUCAAAGUAUGUAUCUACCACCGUCUCUGUCGUACCAGGGUAUGUUCGAUUCGUUCAACGAGCGUCGGCUGCAAAAUCAGGAACAAACGUGCAACUACAGCUUCUACUGUAAAAGAUUGAGGGAAUUGAACGUGAAAAAAUCACUCUAAGUCUGGAAUACUGGCGAACAGCAAGACCGGUUUGGAAGAUGAUGUUAAAAGUUCAAACACCAAGGCGUACCGAUUGCCCGGUGCGAAAUCUGCGACAAAUCGUUCGCCUCGAAUCGGAACCUUUCGCGCCACCUCAAGCUCCACCGUGAAAACGCCAAAGCGGAAAACCUCGGGACGACUCGUGACGUG